GCCCAGCCUCAGCCGUGGCCUCAGCUGCCGCGCGCACCAUGCGCCCCCAGAUCCCCCCGGCCCGGCCCGCCGCCCCGGGUCCGCUCUGCUGACCGCCCAGCCCCGCGCCCCGACGGUGGGAAGUUGCGGUCGCUGCGGUUGCAAGCUCCGAUCCGCCCAGGAAGCGUCCCCGCGGCGAGCUCCCCGCGGCGUCCCCCGCCCGCCCCGCCGCAGCUGGGCGCCCGCUCACCUCGCCCCCCUCCCAAACGUCCCUCCCUUUUCUCCUCAAGUCCUGAAGUUGAGUUUGAGAGGCGACACGGCGGCGGCGGCCGCGCUGCUCCCGCUCCUCUGCCUCCCCAUGGAUAUGCACUGCAAAGCAGACCCCUUCUCCGCGAUGCACCCAGGGCACGGGGGUGUGAACCAGCUCGGGGGGGUGUUUGUGAACGGCCGGCCCCUGCCCGACGUGGUGAGGCAGCGCAUCGUGGAGCUGGCCCACCAGGGGGUGCGGCCUUGCGACAUAUCCCGGCAGCUGCGGGUCAGCCACGGCUGUGUCAGCAAAAUCCUGGGCAGGUACUAUGAGACCGGCAGCAUCAAGCCCGGAGUGAUUGGAGGUUCCAAGCCCAAAGUGGCGACGCCCAAAGUGGUGGACAAGAUUGCUGAAUACAAGCGACAGAACCCCACCAUGUUCGCUUGGGAGAUCCGAGACCGGCUCCUGGCUGAGGGCAUCUGCGACAAUGACACCGUGCCCAGCGUCUCUUCCAUCAACAGGAUCAUCAGGACCAAAGUUCAGCAACCUUUCCACCCAACGCCGGAUGGGGCUGGGACGGGAGUGACUGCCCCCGGCCACACCAUUGUUCCCAGUACGGCCUCCCCUCCUGUUUCCAGCGCCUCCAAUGAUCCAGUGGGAUCCUACUCCAUCAAUGGGAUCCUGGGGAUCCCUCGCUCCAAUGGUGAGAAGAGGAAACGUGAUGAAGAUGUGUCCGAGGGCUCGGUCCCCAAUGGAGACUCCCAGAGUGGCGUGGACAGUUUGCGGAAGCACUUGCGAGCGGACACCUUCACCCAGCAGCAGCUGGAAGCUUUGGAUCGGGUCUUUGAGCGUCCUUCCUACCCCGACGUCUUCCAGGCAUCAGAGCACAUCAAAUCAGAACAGGGGAACGAGUACUCCCUCCCAGCCCUGACCCCCGGGCUUGAUGAAGUCAAGUCGAGUCUAUCUGCAUCCGCCAACCCCGAGCUGGGCAGCAACGUGUCAGGCACGCAGACAUACCCUGUUGUGACCGGUCGUGACAUGGCGAGCACCACUCUGCCUGGUUACCCCCCUCACGUGCCCCCCACUGGCCAGGGAAGCUACCCCACCUCCACCCUGGCAGGAAUGGUGCCUGGGAGCGAGUUCUCCGGCAACCCGUACAGCCACCCCCAGUACACGGCCUACAACGAGGCUUGGAGAUUCAGCAACCCCGCCUUACUAAGUUCCCCUUAUUAUUAUAGUGCCGCCCCCCGGGGCUCCGCCCUGCCGCUGCUGCCGCUGCCUAUGACCGCCACUAGUUACCGCGGGGACCACAUCAAGCUUCAGGCCGACAGCUUCGGCCUCCACAUCGUCCCCGUCUGACCGCCCACCCCGGAGGGAGGGAGCACCGACGCCACGCGAUGCCUCCCGGCCACCGCCCCAGCCCCACCCCCAUCCCAGGAACCCUGCAGCCCUUCACACCACCCCGUCCAAGGCCGGACAGGACGGGUGGAGCCGCGGGCGGGACCCUCAGGCCCGGGCCCACCGCCCCCAACCCCGCCCGCCGCCCUUCCCCGACUGCCUGGACUGCGCGGCGUCGAGAGGAGGGCGCGCCCCAGCUCGCUCCGGCU